UAAGAAAAUACAUAGGUAGAAGAAGACAAAACCGCGAGAAACGACAGCUCAGUUAUGAUGUCCAGAGUCCCCACAAUUCUGCUGGUCUCAGCAGUAACCUGUCUAUGGUUAGCAGCGACUGUUGACUGCAAACCCAGCCAGUUAGCAGAGCCGCCAUUGACAUUGACAGAUCCCCAGUCAGCUGACGCCACUUCUGAAGCAGCGGAAGACACGUCGCGACAAGAGCGGGAACUAGACUACCACGACUUUCUCCACUGCAUGUACUACGACGGUACACAGUGGCAGAAGUACGUGACCAGCUCUGAGUACUACAGGUACACACACCCCGACCACUCUCUAACCGCUCCACAGGCCGUGGCCAACGACCCAAACAGCAAAAUUGAGUCGGAUUAUUGGUACGAUUACUACCUCUAUGAGAAUGCUUCGCACGACGACAAACUCCACACUCUAACCAAGCCUGACUUCAAAGCGGAGCAUGGGUUUGAACCCGACUACCAUGACCCAACUUGGAAUUUCUGGCUCCACUUCUGGCAAAAGUACUUCACGACCAUGAGGCCGGAAUGUCGUCAAGGAGAUUUGGACUAUUUCAACAGCAAUGGGGUCGUCCCUGGUGAUGAUGAUGACGAUUUAGACUGUUAAGUUCCACUCCAUUAAUGAACUGUCUGGCGUUUAUCGCUCUUCCUUUCUUUCAAACCAGUGGUUUUGUUUGAUUUUGUUUGUUGUUGUUUUGUUAAG